UCCGCCCACGCCGCCUGGGGAAGGGGCGGUGCUGUCAGGCGGCUGCCGUCGGGCGAUGGAGGGGUUGUGGGCCGCGGCGGGGCUCCUGCUGGCCCUCGCCCUGCUGGCCUUCGGCCUGUUCUGCUGCUACCUGAAAUGCGUCCACGCCAAGUACGACCACAUCCCCGGCCCCCCGCGGGAGAGCUUUUUAUUAGGACAUCUACCGAUCUUGUGGAGAAUGAUGAAGAAACAGGAGUUUAUGCAUGAUCUCUUCCUGCAGUGGGCAGAGAAGUAUGGACCCAUUGUACGGCUUAAUGCCUUUCACAGAGUCUCAGUAAUGAUUCUGACUCCUGAAGGAGUGAAGGAGUUCUUGAUGUCGCCACAGUACCCAAAGGAUCCACUGGUGUAUGGUCGUAUCUUCAACAUAUUUGGUGAGAGGUUUCUAGGAAAUGGCUUGGUAACUGUUUGUGACCAUGAGCAUUGGCACAAGCAGCGGAGGAUAAUGGAUCCAGCUUUCAGCCGAAGCUACCUGAUUGGUCUGAUGGAAACUUUUAAUGAAAAAGCAGAGGAGCUGAUGGAGAAGCUAGAGGAAAAGGCAGAUGGAAAAACAGAGUUUAGCAUGCUGAACAUGAUGAACCGGGUGACUAUGGAUAUCAUUGGAAAGGUAGCCUUUGGCUUGGAAUUAAAUGCACUGAGCGAUGACCAGAUGCCUUUACCGCAUGCUGUGCGCAUGGUUUUGGAGGGAAUGACAAAGGCGCGCAUCCCCUUCCUCAAGUACAUGCCAGGGAAACAGAAGCUGGUAAAGGAGGUCAGGGAGAGUGUGAGGCUGCUGCGGCGUGUGGCGAAGGAGUGCAUUGACCAGAGGAGAGAGGACAUCCAGAAUGGGAAGGAAGCCACGCUGGAUAUUCUUACACAGAUACUGAAAGGAGAUGCUCUGGAGGAAACUAGAGAUGAUGAAAACAUUCUGGAUAACUUUAUCACUUUCUUUGUUGCAGGUCAUGAAACCACUGCCAAUCAGUUGUCGUUUACAGUAAUGGCACUGGCUCAGCAUCCUGAAAUACUGGAAAGGGUUCAGGCCGAAGUGGAUGAAGUUCUCGGAGCCAAGAGAGACAUUGACUAUGAGGAUCUUGGCAAACUCACGUACUUAUCGCAGGUUUUGAAGGAAUCACUGCGGCUGUACCCACCUGUCGCGGGGACGUUACGCUGGAUAGAGAAGGAGCGUGUUGUCGAUGGCAUCAGAAUUCCUGCAAACACGACGCUCGUUUUCAGCACUUAUAUAAUGGGAAGGAUGGAAAGGUAUUUCAAGGAUCCGCUCACUUUCAAUCCAGACCGAUUUAGCAAAGAUGCACCUAAGCCGUAUUACUGCUAUUUUCCGUUCUCUCUGGGACCCCGAUCCUGCAUCGGGCAGGUGUUUGCACAGAUGGAGGCAAAAGUGGUGAUGGCAAAACUGCUGCAGAGGUUUGAAUUCCAGCUGGUACCAGGGCAGAGUUUUGAACUCGUGGAGGCUGGAACCUUUAGGCCACUAGAUGGAGUAAUAUGUAAAUUAAAGCCAAGGAGCCUUGCAAGAGCCUGCCAGGUGUGACUACUCAGGGAUGGGAGCACGAUAUGGUAGCCGUAGCGUUUCUUCUGAUUUUGAAGAUCUUCACACUAAUCAAAGGCUAGAUUUUGCAGGCCCCUGUAGCGGAUUACUAGACUGUAUUUUUUUCCUAGCCUUCCUCAUCAUUUACUGAAGAAAACGUUAGGAGAGAUGUUUUAGCAUCUUCGAUCUAGAAGCACACCUGGAAUUGCAAAGCCUGUUAUUUUCCUGGGGGACUGUUUGGUCUGACCAGACAUGGAAAAGAACAUCCUUUCACUGGAGUAUCCCCAGAGCUCCCCACAAACCUGAACUCAAAUCCCAGCUGGUAGUUUCCACGAACUUGAUUUACAACACAACGUGGUCUAAGUAAGCCCUUGUUUGUGGAACUUCAUAGAGCUCAAGGUUUGGGCUGAACUCAGGAAGAGAAGUUUAGAGCUAUUCUCUUGGUCAAAGCGAUUUUCCCAUCCUUCCUCUAAAUGAGAAGAACAAUUGACAGGAGCAAACUGAAAUCAGAGGCUGUGGCCUCUACUUUCCCGUUGCUUCUGCCUCAUUUUUCUUCAGUCUGUGCCUGCUUUUCUUCCAGUAUUUUUCAGAGUCCAGAUUGCCAACCCAUGCUGUACAAAGCAGCUCUCCUGCUUCCUCCUACCCCUCCCCACAGCCUGUCCUCAUUCUCCUGAGACACUGUUCUUUUGAGGGAGUCUCACUGGGUUCGUUUUUACCUGGUUCGUUUUCCCGGUCUGGCUUAUCUCAAAGCUACAUGAACACUUGGACCAGGUGGUCUAGUAGGUCCAGAAGGGUUCAAAGUAAGUGCUCUGGAACCAAAUGCCCCUUAAAAUGAUAUUGCUGCUGAAGAAACGUCUGUGCAACUUGGGCCAGAAGCAGGAGAAGGUCCUGCACCCCCUUUUUCUGCAGCUGUGACAAAAUUGCUGGCUGUGUGCAGGCUUGCGGCCUGGCUCUGCUAGGGAAAAAAUGAUCAUGUGAAAAUGCCACCUUCUGGAAAUAGGUGGAUACUUAAUAUGAGUUUGGGCCCUGAAAUACAAGGAAUUGAAGGCAAUUGGUGCUGCCACUGUUAAUUUCUUACCUUUUUGAAUUAAAAUGGCAAAAGCCUGGUCUGUACGCUGUCAAGUUCCCGUGGUGGUUUCUGCACCAGGAGAGGAACGUCCCCAAGCUUUCCCAGGUUCUGCUACUGUUGUGCACCAUCUCACUGAGUGCAGCAGUGGGAUAACAGGCCAGUAAGGUUUAUGUGGCUUUUGAUAACAUAAACAAAGCUAUACCAUGUAUUAAUAGGACUUAUACCCAGAGGUACCGAUACUAGUAUUGCUAGGGAAGGUUUUGUCCAUCUGUUGGUAGACCAGCUUGUUAAUCCCUUGUGCUGGAGAUCUGCUUAUAUCCUCCUAGAUGUUAAUAAAAUCUGAUUGGGAAAAC